AUGGACGACAAAGAUCCCUUUUCUCUGGCCAUCGGAGUUGUGUAUGUGAUGCUGACCACCUCAGUCGGCAUCUUCAACUUCUUACAGAAGUUCUACCCAUCGUUGGAGCUGCUGAAACAGUGCAACGUUGAGAUGAACCAGUACACAAGCAACCCUUGUGCCUGCUGGCGCUCCAUCCGGCCUACCUACUACACCCGCAGGAACUAUGAGAGUAUUAUCUACGAGCCGAACAAGAUCCAGAGCCUUGUUCCUUUCCUUUUCGUUGCCCUGUCACUGGUGCUGGCGUUCAUGAACAAGAUCACGGAAUUGUUCGACAUGCUGCGAGUAUGCAACUACGUCAACUUCUUCCUGUCCUACGUCGCGAUCAUGGAUAUGUUCUAUUGCCCCGUAGAAUACAAGAAGGUUGUCAUUUACAGCUACUACAAGAACGAUGCCAUUCUCAACUUUGGUUUCAUCGUGUUCACGGUCUUUAUUCUGAAGCACUUUGUUCCGAAUCUGUCGAGCAUUGAGAACGAGAAGAAGAGACUAGCCUACAGGAAGAAGUAUCUCUUCAGAAGCCCUCCCGUCUCGAUUCUGUGGUUCAUCAUCCUUUGCACGAGCUUGUGGGGAAUGUACGCUUACGACGAAGACAACGACGAGAACUUCCCCUACCGAUGUGCUUGCAUCUUGUUCUACUAUCUGAGCAUCGCGCAACUGCGACGCUCCGUGUUCUAUGUGAUGUACAGCAACAAGAAUAGUGAGUACAUGCAAGCCAUCUGGAAUACUAGCGGAGUAUUCAAAACGUUGCGCAAAAGCACCUCACAAUACUAUGUGUGCCACGUGAGCGAAUGCACGGCCAGUUUCUGUGCCAAUGUCUUCGCCACCACUCUCGGGCCUCGGUACAUGGUCGUCAUCGACGAUACCAACCCGAUCAAGGUCAUCUAUUGCAUCUACUGGAAGAAUGGCACCACCAUGAGAACGAAUCUCUUUGGCACUUACAAAGAUCAGGUCAAGGUAAAAACCCGCAUCCUGCCCAUCAGUGGACUGCGGGCGGUUGAAGUUGAGCUAUUCGAUGCCGAUCCAAAGAACCAGACUUUCUACCUCCCUCGCAGAGGCCAACAUGAAACUCCAAACGGCAUCUGCAAGGCAUUGAUCGUUAAGCUUGGAUCCCCCGACGCCAGUUUCACCAUCUCCAAGUUGAAGACUGGAAAGAGCAUGCAGGAGCUGAACGUGAAUGUUAUGUUCAGUGCCUACUUCAUGUUUGAUGAUAAUCCAUAUUGGAAGCAAGUGAUCCAGUUCAACACUCUCUAA